AUGCUCUCUCUUCCCUUUAUCACCCCGCGCGACUCUCAUGAACUAUGGUUUGGCUCCCCCCAACCAUACCGCGCAUCAACCGAGACGGGCCUUGACAAUGCCACCAACCAUCCCGCCCGCCGCAACAAUGGCACAACCAGCAGUCAUCGCACAUUUAUGCCAUCCCGUUCACCGGGAAAUACACUCGCCGCGCUGGUCGCAGAGGAACGGUCCCUACGCGCCCGGAAACAGAACAUCGCGUCAUUUGGAUACUCGUGGAUCCGGCCAGCGGGAUGUGCGAAGACUAUGCUCGGCAUGAAGGAAGAGGAGGCGGAGCGUGAAGAGGCGCUGCAGGCGGCGGCGGCGGAGAUGGAUGCGGUUGAGGGGGAGGGCAUUAUUGACGAUGAUACGGGGAUGCAGAGGGCAGAUGGAGAGGAGGACGAAGGGAUGGAACGGGAUUUGGACGACGAUAUUCCCGAUGCGGAUGUGGACGCGGAGGGACUCAUCGAGGAAGGUGAGGAGGGGCUUGAGGAGGAGGAUAUCGGGGAUGAGGAGGGGUAUAUGGAGAGAGAUUUGGAUGAUGAUAUUCCUGAAGGGUUUCCUGAUGAUGACUACGAAGGUUCUGGGUUUUAUGAUGACGACGACGAGGAGAAUGAGGAUUUCGAUAAUCAGCCUGAUCUUGAUGCCGAGAUCCCUGUUGCGGAUGGUGACAUGAGUGAGGGAAUGACUCGCGACUUGGAUGAUGAUAUCCCUGAUGCGACAGAGGGCUCGGAGCAGGAGGGUGAAUGGCAGCACACGGACAGUGAGGAAGAUUUGAGUGAUGAAGAUGACGGCGAGUCCAGUAUCAUCCAGUCCCGGCUGGAGAAUUUCCGCACUAGCACACCAAACAGUCGUGGUGGCUUGCCUCCUCCGCCGUCAAUUCGUCGCCAGCCUGAGACUGAAGCUCAGCGCCGGUUUCUGCAGCGUUGGAGCGGUGGAGGUGAUGCCCUUGAUUCAAGCAGUAUGCUGUAUGACGAUGAGGAUAUGGGCGCCUCUAUUGCGAGCCAAAGCAGUCGACGCAGCGGGUUUGCGAGACGCUUCCCUAGACACAUUGGCCGUCCUAGGGAUAGCCUAGAAUAG